UACUGGUCGGGCUCGAAGGGUGCGUUUCAUUCCGCUAAUACGUUUAUGGGCUGUGGCACCCAAAACCAUUUUUUUUCGCGACAUUCUGAUUUUCGAUUACUCUAGAAAAGUACAUCGUGACAAACAAAUCGUUGUUGGCCCGUGACGAAACAGGGCGUCAAAAGCAGACUCAGUCCGGUACGGUGUUGAAAAAUAGGCGUAUAUUAAUGCCAGACAGCGGGCAAUUUUCGUUAUCAAUUUAACGACCAUACAACAAAGCACAAAAGGUUAGUUCUAUGCUUUCGGCCGGUUUCAAAAUUAUGUGGCCUACUUGGAUAUAAUUGCGAUUUAAGUGUUGGUUCUUGUGUGCAUUUGGGUUCCAGUGGUUUUUGCGUGACAUGCUAUGACUGGAACCAGUGUUGAUGCUAAUCGGAAAACGCGAGAGGAAAAAUGUUUCUACUUUGCAUCAGCCCGGAGCAGCGCUAGCACCAGCAAUCAGUUCAGUCGAGAUGAGAGCGUGGUGCAUGAAAAAUAGUCGUGAGUCCAGUUGGUCAUAGCAGUAAUGCUCCCUGUGAUAUAGUACAAUAAAUCAUGUGGCUACUAGUAGUGCCAAUGCUAGUCAAGGACUACCAAAAAAUAGUAUAGAAAGUUAGUGAAGAUGUUGUGCUCGUUUUCGGUGCCACCGUGGAUUAUUAGACAGCCAGUUAUAUAAGUCCAGUGCUACAACGGUGUGAUCCAUCAGAGGACCCAUAUUUGAUAACACUGGAAAUCGAUUACCUCACAGAGUCGCAAAAAAAACGCGAUUCUAAGUUAAAAAGAAAAUUAAAAUUCAAGUAACCGCGGAACUGCUCUUCCAGCUUCAUUGACAAAUCGCAUCCCAUCGCAAGGAGCGGGGGAUUUGAGACUGAGCCUAAUCAAACAUUGAAAUGCAUCGAUCAUGAGAUUCCCCAAAGUAUCGCCGAAAAAGUGUUUUUUCCUUGUUUUGUGUUUCGCCGUGCUUGUUCUGCUAGUUUUUAACUUGAGAGACAGAGAGCUUAGCAGUAAAACAGCGCGUCCCGUCUACAAUCGAGAUGAGUUCCAGGUGGAGUACAACAAUCAGGAUAGCGCCAAAGAUGAGUCACCUUUCACAACAGACGGCACGGGAUCGGAUCGGUCGAAAAAGGACGACACCGUGCUGGAUGCUCGAUACCAGCUGGACGAGUUCCCGCCACACAGUUUGAAUGAGCUAACGUUCGGUGAGCGACCAUGGUACUUCUCGAACGGAGUUCGCUACCCAAAACCGGUCCGGCGGAAUCGAAAAACCAACAAACGAAACGCUCGACUACUGCCGUCGGAGACACAACGUGGCGAUCGAAUCACCAACCAGCUGAUGUUCGUUCCUCCGAAUUACGAUGCCAUCAAGCGGAAGGGUAAAUUAAAAACCAUCCUGCUCUACAACGGACUGGGACCGUGGAAUGUGAAGGCCGGCCGCGAUGUGUUCCUCAACUCCAAGUGUCCGGUGUCGACGUGCAGCAUAUCAGCUGCCCGGGAAAAAGCUGCCAUGGCCGAUUUGAUCCUGUUCAAAGAUCACUACAUUCCACCGGCUGUUCCGCGGUCAGCUCGACAGAUCUACAUGAUGUACUUCCUCGAGUGCCCGUACCACACGCAGCACGUUAAAUUUCCCGAUGUGUUCAACUGGACGGCUACCUACAGAACCGACAGUGACGUGGUGGCACCCUACGAAAAGUGGGAAUACUUUGAUCCUCGAAUUCGGCAGGUCGAGCAGGACCACAAUUACGCGCUGAACAAAACGCGCAAAGUGGCUUGGUUCGUGUCCAACUGCGGGGCCCGGAAUGGUCGUCUCCAGUAUGCUCACGAGUUGCAGAAGCAUAUUCAGGUGGAUAUUUACGGUGCCUGCGGUACGUACAAAUGUUCCCGCUCGACGGCAGAAAAGUGCUUCGAAAUAUUGGAUCGGGACUACAAGUUUUACCUGGCGUUCGAGAACUCAAACUGCAAGGACUACAUCACGGAGAAGUUUUUCGUGAAUGCACUGAACCGCAACAUCCUGCCGAUCGUGAUGGGUGCCCGACCGGAAGAUUACGAAGCUAGUUCGCCGCAGAAAUCUUACAUUCACGUGGAUGAAUUUGCCUCGCCGAGAGAACUGGCCGAAUAUCUGAACAUCCUGGAUAGGAACGAUGAGUUGUACAAUUCAUACUUUAAGUGGAAAGGCACGGGUGAAUUCAUCAACACGUACUUCUGGUGCCGGAUAUGUGCCAUGCUGCACGACGAAGCGUCCUUCCAAAAGCCCAAGGGAUACGAAGAUAUCAACGAUUGGUGGCGCGGACCGGGUGUCUGUACUAAUGGGUCCUGGCGAAACUUUCGGGCCAGGAAGGAUGCCAUUAGCGAAGAGUGAUGGAAUCAUUAUUUAGUCAGACGCCGUACCGGACUUGUCUCGAAGAUGUUGGGGAAGGGCCGAACCAAACUUGUCACGAUAAGGUCUCUAACAAUAAAUUAGACAGUUGCAGAACAAAUUCAUUCUAAAAAAAACGCAGAAAAAAUAUCUAGAAUUGUUUCGUGAAGAAACGUAAAUAUACGCGAAGGUGGGAAAGCUACAAAGGAAUUAGCUUUUCUCUGAUAAAAAGAUGAACUUCAAUUAUCUUUACAGAAGCCUAUAGUUUGUUGAACUAACCGUACCAGUACCAUGCAAGAUGAUCUAGUCCAACUUUACAAUGGCAAAAGAUUGAAAAAAAAAAAUGAAAAACAGACAUACAGUAACAAAAAAAAUCUCGUCGUUAAAGAUAUUGACAAACUUUAACAAAGCAAGAAAGAAAAUGAAGAACAGUGAAUCUCCCUACCGAAUGGGAAUAAGACAAGCAAAGCACUAAAACCAAGACUAAUAACAAAACAUUCUAUUCAUGAGGAUAUCCACUCAUUUGUGAUUUUAGUUAUACUAGGUUAGUUGUUGUUCUUAGUUAAAUUAUCUGUUUCAAUAAGUCGCAUCAUUGAGUAGUCAAACAAACAAACAAACACACACACACUAUCUCAUCAGUAUUAUUCACGUACUUUUAAUCUUAUAUCGAAAAUGGAAACAAAACCAAACAAAACCGCAAGUGAUAACGCUAUACCAGAUGAAAAUCGCUCAUUCAACAUUUCACUAUUACUAUUACUACUACUACAACUACUACUAUUACUAUUAUUGUACUAAUUUAGUUAGAUUCAACUGACAGCUUAGUUAAAAUUCUACUUACAAAUGUCAAAAGCAGUGUACUUUAUUGUAAAACGAAACAAUAAAUUUAUUAAAUUACCAAAUGCGUUCUAAGUCAAAUUACCACGCGCAUGCACGUUUAGUUGUUAAGUAAGUACAUAAAAAGUUUAACGAACAAUGCAAGCAGUGUCGUUCUCAGAAAGUCAGGAACAAUAACUACCGAGCGAACGUGAGGUUGUAUGGCGAUGCAUGGAAUGAAGCAAAUAGGAAAGGUAAACCCGAUUUCGAGCAAAUGCUGUGUUACUUGAGAAUAUACUUACUUAUACUUAAUUUCAAAAUGGUAAUAAAGAUAAGGAUAUGUGAA